UUGUUGGUAAUAUGGACAACGAUGGGACAAAGACUAAUUUGUUCGAUCCUCCAAUCAUAGCUCAGUACAUGCGAAUCAUUCCUGUUGUUUGCCGCAAAGCCUGUACUCUGAGAAUAGAGCUGGUGGGCUGUGAACUCAACGGCUGUCCAUCACAGCACGCCUCUCACACCGCCGGCUCUCGCCUGAGUGCGCUUCACACACACCCCAUCACACACAGCAUCUUGCCGCUCACCUGCAUGAAACUUGCUCAGCGCUGAUGUGGUUUGUGCUGACACGCUUCCCAUCCAUCUCUCUGCCACUUCCUGUCCCCGUCCCCUCCCUCUUUCUGUUGUCUUAC